AUGGAUCGCGGGACCUAUAAUCCAUGUUAUACAUGCCGCAAUCGCCGUAUCCAAUGCGACCAGUCCGGGGUGCCUUGUGGCAAAUGCCAAAAGGCAGGGUUGGAAUGUCUUGAUAAAAGGCCUUUCAAAUGGGUUAAAGGCGUUGCGAUUCGUGGAAAACUGCAAGGACACUUGUAUGAAAAUGCGAAUUCGUCUUCUUCGAUUGCAAAAGAUAAAUCUACAGGUUCUGCGAAACCAAAGCGGGCAUUGGUGCGGGCAUCUGCACGGCGUGACCAACGCUUCGAUUCUUCAGGGACCACCUCUAGCGACAGCUCUUCGUCUUCCUCACCAGAUCUCUCAUUAAUCAUCCAAGAUCCAACCCUCUCAACUUUGGACAAGACCUCUAAAUACUAUAUCGAUUACUAUAAUGAACGUAUCUGCCAGCUUUUCAUUGUAUAUGACACUGAGAGAAAUCCUUUCCGAAGUCUCAUACCCCUCGGCUUGGAGAAUCCCGUGUUGAUGAAAGCCCUUCUCGCACUUGCAGCACGCCAUCAUGUUAAUAAAGGCCAGUCUUUCCAUGAGCCUGAAUCACCAACAUCGCCACAGCUGGUCAAUGCGAACCGCCAUGCACUUGCUUUCAAGCACCAAGCCAUGGAAGCACUAUCAAAGUCAUUAUCAGACCCCAAACUAUCCAAACAAGAUACGACUGUGGCCAGCAUAUUCCUCCUAGUCUUUCUGGAUCUUUUAGAGUCGGGAAGUGAUGGGUGGAAUUAUCACUUGGAGGGCGCGAAGAAUCUUAUCGCAUCCACCUAUCCUCAAUCUGGCUCACAGGCUGGCAUAAACCAUGGACCGGGACAGACAGUGCAAGAAAUCCGUGCCUUUAUCACCAAACAGAUUAAAGUGAUUGAAACACUUGGAGCCACCUUCUUGCGGCCCAAGUUACUAUCGUACUUCGCCUCAUUCGAGCAACAGGAGCUCCAACUCCAAGAAGAAAUUGAAAGUUCUUUCCUCGGCUGUCCCGAAUACCUUUUAAGCGCAAUGCAACUACUCUCCAUGCAAAGGGACAGCAUAUCGGAACCGAACCAACUCGACCAGAUAGCCAUGGAGCCACACAUCAAAGAGACUAAAUCUCUGCUGGAGAUGGUUCAAAACUUUGACUGCUAUGCCUGGGCAUCCGGUCUGCCACAAUCACGUACCCCCUCGCCAAGCGAAAUCAUCAGUCUCUGCUCGCUAUCUCGUUCCUAUAAAAUCGGCACUGUCGUCUAUGGAAGACGAAUCCUUGAUGCUAUGACUGGGGAAAAGACAGUUUUAGAUGAUACGGUCGCCGAAUUGUUGGGCUUGAUCGAUUCAUUACAGAAUGAUCGAAUUAUGUUCAAAUGUGUCCUUUGGCCCAUCUUCAUCGCGGGCUUAGAGUGCCAGUGGCAACCUCAGCGGGAAUUCCUCAUUGCCUGUGCCGAACGGUUUUGGGACAUCACCAACUGUCUGAACGCGGUCAAUGCCGCGAAGAUUCUGCAAGAAUACUGGCGUCAAACAGAUGCCUCUGGUCAGGCGCAGUCACGGUGGAUCUUUGAUAUUGGCCGUCUAGGUCGGGAUUGGCUUUGGAUUUAG